CCCAUGAUUUGAGUAUCUAAUUUUUUUACCUGUGUUUUUUCUGGAUCUAGGGUUUCUUGUUAUAAUCGAUUCUUUAAAUUCAUCACCAUCUCCAUCAUCUUUCUUGAUUACCAUCGUCAAACCCUAGCAAAUCACACGUUGCUUACAGAAUCAAUCACUUGUGCCUCAGGGAUUGAGGUUGAUUAGAAUUUUUGGAUUUUUCAUCGUGAAUCACGGAUCUAAUAUUUCUUCAAAAACCAAAGGCUAAUAUUCUUUUAUACAUUUUAUCUUGUUGUCGAUAACGGGGAAAAUUGGGACGAAUCUAAAGCAUUCCUGAUGCAAGACACUGGAAUUUUUUCUACGAAAGUCCCAAUCAUACUUUUGUGAUUUUGAAGAAAAAAUAAAGAAAAAAGAAAGGGGGAAAAAUGCAUAAGUGUUUGGUGUACCAAAGGGAGAUGGUACUGGGAGAGGUAGAGAUAUACCUAGAAGAGAACAAGAACAUGGAUCUGAACGAAAUCAGAAUAAGUCACUUCUCGCAACCAAGUGAAAGGUGUCCACCGCUUGCAGUGCUUCACACCAUUACUUGCGGUGUUUGCUUCAAAAUGGAGUCAACGUCCUCACAGACACGACAACAGCAGGAUGCCCUCUUUCACUUGCACUCUUCGUGUAUCAGGGAGAACAAGACUGCCGUAAUGCCACUGAGUGGGGAAGAAAUACAUUUGGUUGCAAUGUAUUCACGUAAUGAUGAUAGACCAUGUUUCUGGGGAUUUAUUGUUGCUCCUGGACUUUACAAUUCAUGCCUUGCAAUGUUAAAUCUGAGAUGUUUGAGUAUAGUGUUUGAUCUAGAUGAAACUCUGGUGGUGGCAAAUACAAUGCGUUCUUUUGAGGAUAGAAUUGAGGUGCUGCAUAGAAAAAUAAACUCAGAGGUAGAUCCACAACGGAUUUCUGGUAUGCAGGCGGAGAUCAAGCGAUACUUAGAUGACAAGAAUAUAUUGAAGCAAUAUGCUGAAAAUGAUCAAGUUGUUGAUAAUGGGAAAGUGAUAAAAAUUCAAUCUGAGAUUGUUCCACCAUUGUCUGAUAGUCAUCAGCCUAUAGUUCGACCACUGAUCCGAUUACAGGAAAAGAAUAUCAUUCUCACACGCAUCAAUCCACAGAUUCGCGAUACCAGUGUUCUUGUGAGGUUGAGACCUGCAUGGGAAGAUCUCCGGAGCUACCUUACUGCAAGAGGGCGCAAGCGUUUUGAGGUUUUUGUUUGCACAAUGGCUGAGAGGGACUAUGCACUAGAAAUGUGGAGGCUUCUUGAUCCAGAAUUGAAUUUGAUAAAUUCAAAAGAACUGUUAGAUCGUAUUGUUUGUGUCAAGUCUGGUUUAAAGAAAUCAUUGUUUAAUGUAUUCCAAAAUGGCUUAUGCCAUCCCAAGAUGGCAUUGGUAGUUGAUGAUCGCUUGAAAGUGUGGGAUGAAAAAGACCAACCUCGGGUGCAUGUUGUGCCUGCAUUUGCUCCAUACUAUGCUCCACAAGCUGAGGCAAGCAAUGCAGUCCCUAUCUUGUGUCUUGCAAGAAAUGUUGCUUGCAAUGUUAGGGGUGGCUUCUUCAAGGAUUUUGAUGAUGGUCUUUUACAAAAGAUCCCUCUAAUUGCUUACGAAGAUUGUAUCAAAGAUAUACCUUUUCCUCCCGAUGUGAGCAAUUAUCUAGUUUCAGAGGAUGAUGCAUCUGCUUCCAAUGGAAAUAAAAAUCCACUAUUUGAUGGCAUGGCAAAUGCUGAGGUAGAAAGAAGAUUAAAGGACACAAUAUCAGCUUCUUCAACUGUCCCUGCAAUGACUGCUACUAUAGAUCCUAGGCUUGCUUUUACUUCUCUUCAAUACACAAUGGUGUCUUCUUCUGGAACAGUUCCACCCCCAACAGCGCAAGCAUCUGUGAUGCAAUUUGGCAGUGUUCAGUUUCCUCAACCUAAUACUCUAGUUAAACCAAUGCGUCAAGUUACUCCUCCAGAACCGAGUUUGCAUAGUUCUCCUGCUAGAGAAGAGGGUGAAGUACCUGAAUCAGAAUUAGACCCAGAUACAAGGCGUAGGCUUCUCAUAUUGCAACAUGGGCAAGAUACAAGGGAGCACACGUCAAGUGAACCUCCAGUUCCCAUUAGACACCCCAUACCAGUUUCUGCUCCCAGUGUCCCAUCACGUAGGGGCUGGUUUUCUGCAGAAGAGGAGAUGGGUCCACAACAACUAAAUCGGCUAGUACCUAAAGAAUUCCCCAUUGAUUCUGAACCAUUGCAUAUUGAGAAGCACUGGCCUUGUCACUCAUCCCUUUUCUCCAAGGGUGUCGAUUCUAUUUCAUCUGAUAGAGUUCUCCAUGAGAGCCACCAAAGAUUUCCAAAGGAGGUGCAUCAUAGGGAUGAUCGCUCAAGAUCGAGCCAAUCAAUCUCUAGUUAUCAUUCUUUCCCAGGUGAUGAUAUUCCCUUGAGUGGUUCAGCUUACAGCAACAGGGAUUUUGACUCUGAAUCCGGACAUUCUCUAUUUCAUGCCGAUACGACAUCUGGAGUAUUACAGGAAAUUGCACUGAAGUGUGGAACUAAAGUGGAAUUUUUAUCGUCAUUGGUUUCUAGCACAGAACUGCAAUUCUCCAUUGAGGCAUGGUUUGCUGGAAAAAAAAUUGGUGAAGGAAUUGGUAGAACUAGAAGGGAAGCCCAGCAUAAGGCUGCUGAGUGCUCAAUCAAACAAUUGGCUGAUAUAUACAUGUCUCAUGCUAAGGAUGAUUCUGGUUCCACUUACGUUGAUGUGAGUGGGUUUCAUGGUUCAAACAACAAUGGCUUUGUGAGUAGUGGAAAUUCUCCUGGUAAUCAGCCAUUGCUUAAAGAAGAGUCGGCCUCAUUUUCAACUGCUGAGUCAUCUAGGGGUUUAGAUCCUAGGUUGGAAGUCUCCAAAAGAUCAGUGGAUUCAAUUUCUGCCCUCAAAGAAUUGUGCAUGAUGGAGGGUCUUGCUGCCAGUUUCCAAUCUCCACCAACCCCUGCAUCAAAUUUUCCUCAGAAAGAUGAAGUGUAUGCACAGGUUGAAAUAGAUGGUAUGGUCUUUGGCAAAGGGAUUGGAUUAACAUGGGAAGAGGCUAAAAUGCAGGCUGCCAAGAAGGCUCUUGGAAGUCUAAGAACAACACUUAAUCAAGGAAAGCGGAAGAGGGAGGGUUCCCCCAGGCCACUACAAGGAUUGCCAAAUAAACGUGUAAAGCAAGAAUAUCCUCGAACUCUGCCGCGGAUACCCUAUUCUUCUAGAUAUCCCAGGAAUGCUCCUAUUGCUCCUUGAAAAGCAUAACUGGAUUUUCAUCUCACUUGACCAGUGUGGCUUUUGUUGGGGCAUGUAUUUGUUACUGAGGCAACGAUGCAGAGAAUGGCUGUUGGUCGGAUGAUUGCCAGUUAAGUGACUGCCUGGUUUGUCAGUCUUUUUGCCCAAGUCCAAUUCCAAGUAUAACACCCACUUAUUCCUCAGUCCUCUCUGAAGUGGGGUUAGAUACUGGACAAAUAUUUUGAGGAGAUGUGUUUGUCCUCCCAGGCAAUGCAGUGCGGUUGUGUAUAUCUGGAAACUCUGACACCGGUUCAAAAGAUGAUGCAUGAGGCUGUCCCACAUGCUGCAAUUGUUCUUCUGUGGCUUGAACACAUUUGAUUCGGAUUUUUUCAUUAACUGAAGUCAUGAUACACCAUUCAGUACAGGUCUCUUGAGUCGGUUUUCACCAUCCUUCCCAGCUUAUUUUAAGCGAAGUCAUGAUACACCAUUCUGUACAGGCGUACAGGUUCUUUUACACUUGAAGUUGGUUUUCAUCAACAUUACCUGUUAAUAGUCUUUCCUGCCACUGACAGUUCCAUCACAGUGCAGCCGUAAGAAGACACUGGUAUUCAUGAAAAUUUUGAGUUUAGUUCACUGAGGUAGUACAGUUUUUCACUUCUGAUUUUAGUUGUCCUUUUUUUUUCCCUCCUUUUCCCAAGUCAUAUGAUGAGAGAAUUAAUUCUGUGCAGUAGAAAUGUCUCACAAAUCACAGUUGCAUGUCCUUGUAUCUGAGUUUGAUGUUGUUAAGAAAUUGGAGCUGUGCACGAUUUUGUAUUUAAUGUGUACAUGUAAUAACCAUGAUAAUUGAAUUGGAUAUCGGAUACUGUAUUUUUAAUCA